AUGGACGAGGACCUCAUCGCCUUUGGCUGCGUAAUGGUGCUCUUCCUAGCCUUCCCCUUCAUCACCAUACUAGGCAUCACCGGCUGCGUCGCCUACAGCCGCACCAAAGCAUGGGACAAAGCCCGCAACCAGCGCGCCGUUAGCCUCGAAAGCAGCGAAACCAACCCUCUGGUCGAAAACGAGGACGAGUCCGACUUCUACGACACAGAUGAUGAGACGGAGCAGAAGACACGCAAGGCCGAAGAGGAGGCGGACAAGCAUCUCACUUUUAGCCAGAAAUUCAGAAAGGAAUUCGCCAAGGUGUGGAGCGGAAAGGGCAAGCUCGAUGUCAUCCAGCAGAAGGAGCGUGAGGAUCGCAGGAAGUUAGCCAAGGCGGUCGCGAGGGAGUUGGCCAGGCUUGAGAGGCGCAAGGCAAGGGCUGCGGCAAAAGCUACUGAGUCGGACAGCCUCCCGCCUUACGAGAAGGCAUAA